UCCUGCAUUUGCUAACGUGCUAGUUGUAAACACUGAAAAUGGCAUCUUAAAGUAGCUGAGCUGCCCUUGAACUUUGUGAUAGACGUCGCAGUGAAAUAUUACACAAAAAGGACACGUGGACGGAUUGAUGCGGGCUGUUAAAUGAGCGUUUCUGCAUGUUUUGCCACUUCCGCGUACUGUCUCUUCAGUCAUGGCAGGAAUUUUCCAGAGAACAGUGAGGCUGAGGGCAGCUGUGAGACAUCUGUGCCCCCACAGCACCCUCACAUGUGCAGCCAGACUUUCACCUGCAGACUUCCACAGUCCAUUUCUCGCCUGCAGCUCAGGGCAGUUUGUGGCCUCCACUCGUAAGCUGCAUGUUGAGCCGAAGUCAUCCCCUGCUGGAGCCCCAGAGAGACUGCCUUUUUCCAAAGUCACUGAUGAAGAUUUGGCCUAUUUCAGGAAGAUCCUACCAGGCAGGACCAUCACGGACCCUGACCUGGUGGAGUCCAGUAAUGUGGACUGGCUCAAGACUGUGAAAGGUUCUAGUGAAGUGCUGCUGAGACCUCAGACAACAGAGGAAGUAUCUCAAAUUCUCAGGUAUUGUUACAAUCGUAACCUGGCGGUGAAUCCCCAAGGAGGUAAUACUGGGCUGGUCGGUGGCAGCGUGCCAGUUUAUGAUGAGAUCAUCCUCUCCACCUCUCUUAUGAACAACAUCCUGACCUUUGAUAAUAUCUCUGGUAUUCUGACCUGUCAGGCAGGCUGUGUCUUGGAGAACUUGUCCCUUUACCUGGAGGAGAGAGACUACAUCAUGCCCCUGGAUCUUGGGGCAAAAGGUAGUUGCCAAAUCGGGGGUAAUGUGGCAACUAAUGCAGGUGGACUCCGGCUGCUGCGAUACGGCUCCUUGCAUGGGACUGUGCUGGGUCUGGAAGUUGUGUUGGCAGAUGGACGGGUGCUGGACUGCCUGGCCACCCUGCGGAAAGACAAUACAGGAUACGAUCUCAAGCAGCUCUUCAUAGGCUCAGAGGGCACUUUAGGGGUCAUCACCGCAGUAUCCAUCCUUUGUCCACGGAAGCCCAAAUCCACUAAUGUGGUUUUCCUGGGCUGUGAGACCUUCGAGGAGCUUUUGAAGACAUUUCAGCUCUGCAGAGGUAUGCUGGGAGAAAUUCUGUCUGCCUUUGAGUUCCUGGACAGCGAAUGUAUGAGACUGUUGAACACACACCUCAAACUGCCCAAUCCUAUCUCUGAUUGCCCGUUCUACAUCGUCAUAGAAACAUCUGGAUCUGACCCGGACCAUGACUCACAGAAGCUGGACAACUUCCUAGAGGAGGCAAUCGCGUCAACAUUUGUUACUGACGGAACUGUAGCAACCGAAGAGUCAAAAAUAAAGGCUCUGUGGUCGAUGCGUGAACGUGUCACGGAGGCUCUGACUCAUGAUGGCUUCACCUACAAGUAUGACAUCUCACUCCCAGUGGAGCGGAUCUACCAGCUCGUGACGGACAUGAGGCAGCACCUGGGUGACCGGGCCAAGAGCGUGGUGGGAUACGGACACGUAGGUGACGGUAACCUGCACCUGAACAUCACUUCUCCUGCUAAAGAUCCUGCUCUCCUGGCUGCCAUUGAGCCGUUUGUUUAUGAAUGGACAGCCAGCUGUCAGGGCAGCAUUAGCGCCGAGCAUGGACUGGGUCUGAAGAAGAGGAACUACAUCUACUACAGUAAACCGAGCCAAGCUGUGGCCCUCAUGGGUAACAUCAAGGCCAUGCUGGACCCCAAAGGCAUCCUCAACCCAUACAAGACUUUACCAGACAACCUGAAAUGACUGAGGUAAUUAAUGUAGAGCUCCACUUUAGCUGCGCGUGGUUUUCGUGACAGCUGAUGCUCUUUCCUGGCACACCCUUUUCACACAUUUGCUACCGAGCUGCCGGCUUUGCACAAGACACGGAAUUUGCCGAGCAAUCUGCAAACACCAUGCGACCUCUAUUGUAUGUUUCCAACACCUGAAGUAGUUUCAUUUUUGUUGUGCACAAAGCAUUAAUUUUGGAAGGAUCUCUGCUUCAGCAAAAUUGUUCAAAUAAAGCUAUGGUUCAUUAUAUAGUUUUAUCUACCUCUGCUAAUUGUACUGACAAGUUCUCUAGUCUGAUGCGGUCCUUAUACUAAUGAAUAUUCAACAAGUUUCAGAUUUUGUAUUAUGGACGCUUCAAAAAGCUCAGAGCAGAUUUUUCAGUGUUACUGACUGCAAGCAAUCAUGACCGUCUUCUUAUUAGUGUGCCUACUAAUUGCCACUAGAGGGCAGACAGGCAAUAACAGAGUGAGUAAAGAAAUGUCUAAAACAGUGAAAUGUUGUGCUUUUGUAUAUAAUAAAGUAAAUAUUUAAAGUCG